GCCUCCACCACUGCCAAAUUAUUCUUUCCUUCUCUUGAAGACAAGAAGGGAAAAAGAGAAGAAAGGAAGAAAGGAAAGGAAAUUUAAUGGUUGUAUACACAUACGCACAAGUCUCUUUUGCUAAAGCUCAGGGAAUCUCAGUCUUCCAUAAUUCCUUUCUUGAUUCCUUAUGAAUGCCGAACCCCAAAGCCACAAAAAUUAGACCCUGCUCUACAAACCAAACUUCAUCCGUUUUCUUCUAGUCCAAUACCCUUCUCUUGGAUUUUCUUUCUACUUCAAAUCUCUUGAUUCCUUUCUCAAACAUAUUGACCAUGGCUUUCUUUGCAGACGCUGCUCUCUCUGCUUUCUUUGACUCGUUGUUUGCCAAGUUUUCCUCUUCCGACUUCAACUUUGUCACUGAGAAGCUGGUUCGCAAGGAGAUUAUGAACUGGGAAACGAUAUUGAGGACCAUCCACGCAGUCCUUGCUGAUGCAGAGGAGAAGAAAAUGAAGAACCAGGCUGUGAAGAUUUGGCUGGCUGACCUCCAAGACUUGGCUUAUGACGUCGAUGACAUCUUGGACGAGUUUGCCACUGAAGCUUUGGGGCGUAGGUUGAUGAAAGAACAUCAGGCCAGCACAAGUAAGGCACAAAGAUUUGUUCCUACUUGCUGCACUAGUUUGCAUCCAAGUUCAAUCAUGUUUAACUAUAAGAUGAUGUCCAAGAUCAAAGAGAUUACAGGAAGAUUGCAAGAUUUAGCAACAAAAAAGAUUAACCUGCAACUAGAGAAUUAUGUUGGAAGGCCCAUGAUAAUACCAAAAAGCAAGCCAAGCACUUCUCUGGUGAAUGAAGCUACUGUACGAGGCAGAGACAAAGACAAGAAGGCAAUAAUUGAUCUGCUUUUGAGGAAGGAUGGCAAUGAUGCUGGAGUUUCUGUGAUUCCCAUCACCGGCAUGGGAGGGAUAGGCAAGACAACCCUUGCUCAGCUUGUCUACAAUGACAGUAGCAUAAGAGAUUAUUUUAAUCUCAAAGCAUGGGUAUGUGUUUCUGAUGAAUUUGAUGUUAUUAAGAUAACCAAAACAAUUCUAGAAUCGGUCACUUUCCAGUCUUGUGAUAUACAUGACUUGAAUUUACUUCAAGUCAAACUAAAAGAGAAGCUAUCAGGCAAGAAAUUCUUGCUUGUUUUGGAUGAUGUUUGGAAUGAGAACUACGAUGAUUGGACGAAGCUUCGAUCUCCUUUUGAUGCCGGGAUUACUGGAAGCAAAAUAAUCGUAACAACACGUAGUUCUAAUGUUUCAUCAAUUAUGAGAAGUGUUGCAGAUUACUUGUUACAAAGCUUAUCAGAAGAUGAUUCCCUAAGCUUGCUUUCUCAUCAUGCAUUAGCAAGAGGAGAUUUUACUGGACAUCCAGACCUGAAAGAAAUUGGCUUGGAGAUUGUGAAGAAGUGUGGUGGCUUGCCUUUGGCAAUUAAAACUAUUGGAGGACUAUUGCGUACUAGGGAGAAUCAUGAUGCAUGGAAAUACAUAUUGAUGAGUGAUAUUUGGAGUAUACCUGAAGAGAAAAGUGACAUAAUUCCAGCCUUAUGGUUGAGUUACUAUUAUCUUCCUCCGCAAUUGAAGCAGUGUUUUGCCUAUUGCUCUUUCGUCCCUAAAGAUUAUGAAUUUAAAGAGGAGGAAAUAGUCUUGUUAUGGAUGGCAGAAGGUUUUCUAAAUGGAGCAAACACAAAAGGGGCAACUAAAGAUUUGGGUAGCAAGUAUUUUGAAGAACUGGUAUCAAGGUCAUUUUUUCAAGCAUCUAGGAAGAAUCAAUCUCAAUUUGUAAUGCAUGACUUGAUUAAUGAUCUAGCUCAAUUAGUUGCAGGAGAAAUCUAUUUUAAAAGGGAGAGAUAUGAUGACAUGAAAGGUCCAAUUAGUCGCACUCGCCACUCCUCUUAUAUCAUUGGCAAGUAUGACAGAAUUGAAAAGUUUGAGGCCUUUUUUGAAGCAAAGUUUCUACGAACCUACCUACCUUUUGAUAUGAUGAUGAUGAGGCGGUAUGGUAGAUGCUACUUAAGCAGUAACGUUCUUGAUGAUUUGCUGCCAAGAUUGAAAUGCUUAAGGGUGCUCUCUUUAAAAAGGUACUACAUCAAAAAAAUUCCUUCUUCUAUUGGAAAUUUAAAACAUUUACGUUAUUUAGAUUUCUCUUAUACUGAAAUAAAAAGUCUCCCUGAUUCAAUAUGUACCCUUUAUAAUUUAGAGACUCUUUUAUUAAGGUUUUGUGAUGGAAUUGAGAAGUUACCUAUGAAAAUAGGAAUUUUGGAUAACCUAUGUCAUCUAGAUAUUACUGGAGCAAAUUCAAUUAAAGAAAUGCCAAGUGGAAUUGGCAAAUUAACAAAUCUUCAAGUGUUGUCUACUUUUAUCGUGGGUCAAGGUGAUGGAUUGAAUAUAAGAGAGAUGCAGAAUUUGUCAAAUCUCAAAGGUCAGCUUUGUAUUUCUAAACUGCAUAAUGUGGAUGAAGCUCAAUAUGCAUGGGAAGCUAAGCUAUCUGGUAAGUCUAGCCUGAAUAAUUUAGAGUUGAGUUGGAGUAGAAAUUUCAAUGAAAAUUUAAGAAAUAAAGAAGUUGAGGGAGAAGUGUUGACCUUGCUUCAGCCUCAUGAAGAGCUAAAGGCGCUUGCCAUCAAGUAUUAUGCUGGACUAACAUUCCCAAUUUGGCUGGAAGAUGGUUCAUUAAAAAAUUUGCAAUUUUUAAAUCUUGAAGAUUGCCAAAAUUGCAAAUCAUUACCGGCCAUUGGAAAGUUACCACUUUUAAAGCAUCUCUGUAUCAAGGGGAUGAGAAGUGUGAUUAGUGUUGGCAUUGAGUUCCAUGGAGUGAAUUGGCCAAAUCUAUUUCCAUCAUUAGAGACCUUGCAUUUUGAAGAUAUGUUGGAAUGGAAAGAGUGGAAAGUUUGUGAAAUUAACAAACAAGGUAAGAAAUUUUGUUGCCUCCGAGAACUCCUUUUAAAAAAUUGUCCAAAAUUGGUUAGAACUUUGCCCAAUGAUCUUCAUUCUUUGGAGAAACUUGUAAUCCGUAAUUGUCAAGAGUUGACAGUUUCAGUUUCAAAUCUUCCAAUGCUAUGUGAAUUUGAAAUUGAUGGAUGCAAAGAAGUGGUGCUCGAGAGUUUUGAUGAUCUUUGGUCUGUUAAAAAAAUCAUUCUUUCAAAUAUUUCAAAGUUCACUUGUGUAACAAAAGAAACGAAGAAGUUGGAGUCGGCGAAAGUAGUAAAUCUCCAAAUUAAUGGUUGUGAGGAGUUAACCUCUUUGUGGCAAACAAAGUGGGGGUGGUUGGCACCUUUGAGAUCACUGCAUAGUUUAAAGUUUCAAAAUUGUCCCCAAGUUGUGUGUAUAGGGGCAACGGAUGAGGAAGAAGAAGAGCUUUUGCAAUUAGAAUUACCAUGCAACAUUGAGUAUGUGAUAUUAGUUGGUUGUCAAGGGUUAGAGAGAUUAUCUAAAUCAUUGCAGAACCUUACAUGUCUUACAAAGUUGAAUAUCGUAAGGUGCUCGAAAUUGGUUUCACUUUCGGUGGACAGCUUGCCUCUAACUCUUAGAACUUUGGACAUUAGUGAUUGUGAGAAUUUGCAAUGCCUACUUGAUGACGAAGAGAAUAUCAAUUUCAGUAGCACAUCUCUUCUUGAAUCUCUUGACAUUGGAUGUUGUGAAGCUCUUAAAUCAUUAUCAUCAAGUGGUAAGUUACCCGUGAGGUGUAAAAAGUUGUUUAUUUAUGAAUGCCCGGUGCUUCGUUUUUUAGCACAGAAUAUUGGGGAUAAUGCUUGUCUUGAAUCUAUUUCACUCCAUAAUUGUAUAAAUAUUAAAUAUUUACCCCAAGGACUGGACAAGCUCAAUCAUCUUCAAGAGAUUGAUUUUGAUUGUUGUCCAAGUUUGGUUGGUUUCCCAGAAAGUGGGUUGCCUAUUGCCAACCUCAAAACUUUAAGGCUCGUUGAGUGUGCAAAACUAGAAGCUCUACCCACCCUCCACACUCUUCAACAGUUGACCAUAUUGGGAUGUCCAAGGGUGCGAUACUCCAUUGAAGAAAAUGGUUUCCAUACCAACCUAACAGAAUUGGACAUCGAUGAACCCAAUAUUAGUAAGGCACUAAUGAUUUGGGGAUUGCAUAGACUCACAUCUCUUACAAAACUCGACAUUGAUGGUAGCAAUUGCAUCGAGGUGGUGUCGUUUCCCCAGGAAGAGAUAGGAAUGAAGUUGCCCCCUUCUCUCACUCAUCUUUCUAUUGGAAAUUUCAAAAAUAUGAAAAAGGUAUCCUCCAAUGGCUUUCAGAACCUCACCUCUCUUCAAUCUUUGAAGAUCUACCAUUGCCCAAAGCUCAAAUCCCUUCCCCGAAAGGAAAUGCUUCGCUCGCUUUCACAACUACUUAUUUACUGGUGUCCGGUGCUAAAGGAAAGGUGCAAAAGGGGGAAAGGAAAACAAUGGUCCAACAUUGCCCACAUACCUUACAUAGAGAUUGAUUAAAGAUUCAUCUUCCAAUGACCAAGAGAAAGAAUCAGAGUAUGUCGACUCAGUUUGUAGCUAAAUAUGGAACAGCCUAAUUGGGUGCCUUAUGCCUACUGAUUCAUUAACCAUGUAUAACAAGAAGCAUGACAGCUCUUAGUACAUGCAGGAGUUUGAGCUUGGAUUAAUUUAGAAAGAAUGAAAUUCAAACCUUUGGAUGCAAUUCCUUGACAACAAUUAUUGCAAAUGGAAUGAACAAAACUCAUGAUUUUGUAUCUCAUUACCCUCAGAAUCAAUGAUGGAAAGGUUUCCAAGCGGGAUUUGAGUGUAUGUUUGAGCACUAGUGGAUUUCUUGAUCUGUUCUUCUCAAAAAAAAAAAAUCAUAUUAUCAACAUCACUGCCCAUGAAAUCAUGAGCAGUGAUGUUGACUGUAGAAUGUCUAAUUCCUAAGGCUUGAUGCUUAGGGAGCCAAAACCAACCGUCAAAAGUGAUUUGAUAGACAAUUGAGUGGCUAAGGGAAAAAUGGAUGAGAAAGAGACCAUCUUAAUUUAAAUGGCCAUCUUAAAAGCGUAUGGUCUUCAUAUUAGGUAAAAUUGUUUUUUUUUAGCACUUAUUAUAAGGUGAUGACUUUUAUUUUAGAAAUUUAGCUUUUUAUUGAUAGUUUGUUGUAAUUUCCUCUAGAGAAAAUUUUUGUAAUCUUAUUAUUUUAAGUAGUGGAAGAUUGAAUGGAUUA